AUGUCCGUCCCAACUUCGCUAAAUACAUUGUCUCAAGUUGAUACAUAUUCUGAAGAACAUCAGGAUCAGAAUCAUGGAAAAUCUUGUAAUUAUUGUUCGAAGUAUUGGGGACGUGGACGUCUAGGAGAAAUGGAAGCACAUCUUGCCAAUACUUGUUCUGAAGUCCCCAAUGAUAUUAAAGAUUAUUGGCAAGAAAUACUUGCAAGCAAGAUUAAUAAUUAUAAAAGAACAAACAAUACAAAAAGUUCUAAUUUAAAGCAACAUAAUAAAAUUUGA